UUAGUAGUACCUCUUCAAUAACACUCCUCCACCACACUACGCUUUUUUCCUCGAUUUUUCCGAUCCAUUAAAAUUCCCAUUUUUUCUCCAUUGCUACAACUGAAAUCCCUAAUUUCCCGAUUGCAAGAACUGCUGCGAAAUCGGGUAGUAACUAUUUUUGGCAACAAUGGCGGAGGAGAAGGACGCCACGUCGGUUCCACUGAGUCAAAACGUUGGCGAAGAUGAAGAGGGGCGAGAUCCCGAAGAUCCGUUAAAAUCUGCUUCUACUUCUCCUGAUUCUUCCACUCGCAGGGCUUGCUGUUUUGUUCUUCAAAGCUGGGUUUCAAAAAAGUUCAUGACUGGAUGUGUAGUUCUAUUCCCAGUUGCUAUUACAUUUUUUGUGACUUGGUGGUUCGUUCAAUUUGUUGAUGGUUUCUUCAGUCCUCUAUAUGAACAACUGGGCAUUGAGAUAUUUGGACUUGGAUUUAUCACAUCAUUACUUUUUGUAUUCCUUGUUGGCGUAUUCGUUUCAUCAUGGUUGGGCGCUUCAGUAGUCUGGCUUGGAGAAUGGUUUAUAAAGCGAAUGCCAUUUGUUGGUCACAUUUACUCAGCUUCCAAGCAGAUUAGCUCUGCAAUUUCUCCUGACCAAAAUACUACUGCAUUUAAGGAAGUGGCAAUCAUACGUCAUCCACGUGUGGGUGAAUAUGCAUUUGGCUUUAUCACUUCCUCAGUCGUCCUACAGAGAGAUGAUGGAGAUGAAGAAUUAUGCAGUGUUUUUGUCCCUACAAACCACUUGUAUAUUGGUGAUAUAUUCUUGGUUAGCUCCAGCGAGAUUAUAAGGCCCAAUCUGUCUAUUCGUGAAGGGAUAGAAAUAAUCGUUUCUGGAGGGAUGACUAUGCCACAGAGGAUCAUGCCAAUCUCUUCGAUUGAAAGAGUUGCUCGACCAGGAGAACGGAUUCCCCUCACCAGACUUAUGUAGCAACGGCCUACUGAUUUCGCGGCUUUGCCAUUUGGAGAGAACAUGGAGAUGGAGAGCCAUGCAACGGAGUAGUCGAACGAACAGUCAUUCGUACAAAGUAGAGGGUAAGAAAUAUACUUUGUUCUAUUAUAUUUUACUAGAAAUGUGUGACAGAUAUUAUGUAGAGUUUAUGCCACACUUGUGAAUUUGUAAACCUUUAAAGAUGUUGAAAUUGAAUGUUGCUGUGAAGCUUAUUGAUUGUACAA